AUGGAGAUUUCGUCUUCAACACCAAACCUCUUCUGCAAACGCUUCAGAUGCGGGAAUCCGUGUGGUGUUCAGCAGCGAGCCUUGAUUUCUGUCGCGAGGAGAGGCGGGCCGGACCAAAUUCUCAGUCCUCCUUCCAUCCCCCAGGUUUCCGACAACUACUACAGGGCAACUCUGAAUUUCGAUGGAGGUUUUACACAGUACUAUCACCCCAAGAGCUUCGGGAGCGACCCGGGUUGGCAAGCUGCAAGAUCUUGGCCUCAAAAUAUCUGUAUGAACAUCGAUGGAAGCACGGGCAGCGGGGUUUGUGGCUAUAACAGCGUGUGCAGAGUUGUGAAUCAGAGGCCGGUUUGUGGAUGUCCCCAGGGCUUUUCACUGGCCGAUCCCAGGAAUCCGUAUGGCAACUGUGAGCCUCAGUUCGUGCAGGGUUGCAUCGAUGGUGGAAAUGACUACGACAUGGAGAUCAUGAAUGAUGUUGAUUGGCCUCAAGAUGACUAUAAACGAAUAAAUCCUUGCACUGAAGAGCAAGAUAAUAGCUGCUGGAAGAAAAAGCUGCCCCUCUCCAAUGGCAGAGUCGACACUUCCCAAGGUUUAAAGGCUUUUCUCAAGAUCAGGAAACGGGAUAUUACUAUACGAAAUCCAAGACCAGGAAGAGAUCGGCAGACUCUGAUAGUUGUGAUAUCAGUGCUUUUAGGCAGCUCAGCCUUCAUCAACUGCUUAUUUAUUACUGCUGCUUGUGUCCUUCUUUUCCUCUUUUACAACGGAAAGUUCUCGGCACCUGGUCCUGUUCAAGAGCCUUCGCCUUCAAGCAUACGUUGCUUUACUUAUAAAGAACUCGUGCAGGCUACAAACGGAUUCAUAGACGAGCUAGGAAGGGGUGCUUUUGGAAUUGUCUACAAAGGGUCAAUUCAAAUCGGUACGGUUGCAGUGAAAAAGCUGGACAGAAUGUUUCAGGAUUCUGAUAAAGAAUUCAAGACGGAAGUUAACGUGAUUGGGCGGACUCACCACAAGAAUCUGGUGAGUCUGAUUGGUUUCUGCGAGGAGGGCCUCAUCACUUGCUUGUGUACGAGUACAUGA